CCAGAGCAGACCGCCUGCACGCAAACCUUAAAAUGUUAUCCUCAGUGACGUUGAUCCUGGUAUUAUACAUAUGAGUUGGUUACAGACUGUUUUUGCCCCGCCGCCACUCUUCACUUCCUCUCUUCAUACGCCUGCAAUAUCUUGACUUCACAGAGGUGCAUUGCAUUGACUGUCACUACGAAGUCUUCAUUCCUGUUUCUCCUGUUGAUUCUCUUUACGAUGGUGAAGAAACUCAGCAAAUCUUCCGGCGUGCCCGCAGAGAGUGCAGGGUCAACCCCUCCAUCCAGAUUCUCCGAGGGAGCUCUUCCAAAGCUCAUCGUCUUUGACCUUGAUUAUACCCUAUGGCCGUUCUGGGUGGAUACACAUGUUACAGCUCCUCUGAAAGCAGCACCGACCCACGAUUCAGUCAAAGACCGCUUCGGCGAAUCCUUCUCCUUUUACAAUGAAGUCCCAUCGAUCCUCUCCUCCCUGCAAUCAAGUGGUAUAAAGGUGGGCGCUGCAUCCAGGACAUCUGCGCCAGACCUUGGUCGCGAAAUGCUACGAUUAUUACAUGUCGCAGACGUGGAUGGGAAGAAGAGGAAGGCGAUUGAAUUCUUUGACCACUUGGAGAUUUACCCUGGGAGUAAGAUCACACAUUUCAAUAAGCUGCAGAAAGCGACGGGACUGCGGUACGAAGAUAUGCUAUUCUUUGACGACGAGGCAAGAAAUAGGAAUGUGGAAAGUCUGGGAGUGACGAUGUAUUUGGUGAGAGAUGGUGUCUCGAGGGCGGAGUUGGAGAAUGGGAUUAAGGAUUGGAGGAAGAGACAUGGUCAUGAUGUUGCGAGGGCUGUUGAUACAAAUAUCUGAGAGGCUGCCACGGCUAUACACUUGGGAUAUACAUGGCGUUGCGGUUCAGUUUGAUUUGGAGAUGAUCGAAGCGAUACCUGCGAUAGAUAGAAGAUUUCUCGGGAGUCAUGCAAUAUCUAACUUAACUGGAGAGUGAGGUCAUUUUUACAUAAAAAUAAUUUUUGCGGCAUU